UCACAAACAUCAGGACCGUCAUCCUCAUCUGAUAUAGCAGAGCAUCGCCAUCAGUGGUCCUCAUCACUGUCAAUCAUAGCUCAUUAUUUAUUACUCACCCUCCCAAAAAGACUCCCUUCACCUCCCAUAAACGUUCCUCACCCCUUCUCUCUCCCCAAAAUUUCUCAGUGUCAGAAGGAAAAUGUGGGAAACCUCAGCAAUCUGAUUGAAACGUAUCUCCACAGCCUAAAGCUAAGGUUUACUCUGGGUGUGGUUCGAGCCACAUUUUGCUUGGGUUCGACCAUGGCUGCAGCUCUCGAGUGUUGGUCCAGCCGAGCUAGCACAGACGAGGACAUGGUGGAACAAGUCCUGAUGAGAACUCAGGACAGAUCGGAGGGUCUGCCGGAGAAUUCGUCCGGUGCAGGAGUCAAGGAGUCGUCGGCGAUGCAGAAGAGGUUGCAGAGGCUGAGUCGAAAUGUGUCCGAGGCUAUUGCAUCGCUGAAGAACUCACUGAAUCUGGACUCGCCCCGUGAUCCGCCUGCUUCUAAGAUCGAGAGCUGUCGCAAGCUUGUGUGGGGCGGUGUUGUUCGGAACCUCACGCAACUGUACCCUGGUAGUCAGCUACCGGAGAAGCUCGUCUCCAAUAUUCGCAAGCAUUAUGAUUCCUUGCCUCUCAGUUAUGCCCAGGCUGGAUUCGAUAUGAAAGAUGUCUUUCUUCAUAUUAGAAUGAUCGAGCAAGCAUCCGUGGAUGACCAUCCUGCGAUUUUGAUUCAAGAAGUGUCUGAUGAUGAGAUUCAAGGUUCUGUUUUCAAGCUCACUUUUGCCUGUAACUCUUCGAUUUCAUGGCCAGCCAUGUCCGGUGCACUUGAUAGUGCUUCCAUUUGUUGCAAGAAGAUACAGAUCUUUGAGAAGAAAGGAUUUACUUUAGGAAUUAUUCUUCUUCUGGUUCAAGCUGGGCAAGAGAAAUCGUUCCAGAACAGGAUUGAGAAUGCCCUGAAGUUUGCUAUAAAGAAGUCCAAACCCACCACCGUGAAGCUUCCAUUUGGCCUAUGUGGCUGUCAAGAGGAAAAUACUAAGGGGAGAGAGGUGGGGGAGAUUGAAGAGGAAGGCGGUGAACCACACCAUAGAAAUGGCAUUGAUAAUUCGAACACUAAGGUUCAGCUCCAGAUGCCACUGCCAACAUCAUCUUUUGUUGUUUCAGUUGAUGAAUGGCAGACGGUCCAAUCAGGUGGAGAGGAAAUUGGGAAAUGGUUGUUGAACUCAGAUAAUCUUGAAUUUGUUGAUCAGAUUGGGCCAAAUUCAUUUAAAGGGGUUUACAAGGGAAAAAGGGUUGGAAUCGAGAAGCUCAAGGGUUGUGACAAGGGAAAUUCAUAUGAGUUUGAGCUCCGAAAGGAUCUGUUAGAGCUGAUGACAUGUGGGCAUAAGAACAUUCUGCAAUUUUUUGGUGUUUGUGUUGAUGAAAAUCAUGGUUUAUGUGUUGUGACUAAACUAAUGGAAGGUGGAUCAGUUCAUGAUGUUAUCCUAAAGAACAAGAAGUUUCAGAACAAGGAAAUAAUAAGGAUUGCUAUUGAUGUAGCAGAGGGGAUCAAGUUCAUGAAUGAUCAUGGUGUUGCAUAUAGAGAUCUCAACACACAAAGGGUCUUAUUGGAUAGACAUGGGAAUGCUUGCCUGGGGGACAUGGGUAUAGUCACUGCUUGCAAGAGUGUUGGUGAGGCAAUGGAGUAUGAAACUGAUGGCUAUCGGUGGCUAGCUCCUGAGAUCAUUGCAGGUGACCCAGAGAGUGUUACAGAGACAUUGAUGAGUAAUGUGUAUAGCUUUGGGAUGGUACUUUGGGAGAUGGUAACUGGUGAGGCAGCCUACUCGGCAUAUUCACCUGUGCAGGCAGCUGUUGGAAUAGCUGCUUGUGGGCUUAGACCUGAAAUUCCAAAGGAUUGCCCACAAAUCCUGAGAUCUCUGAUGACAAAAUGCUGGAACAAUUGCCCUUCCAAGCGCCCUCAAUUCUCAGAGAUUCUAUCGAUAUUGCUGCGGCCCAACAACAACAACAACAACAACAACAACAACAACAAUAGCAACAAUAGUAUUAGGUAAGAAGCCUUUGGAUUACCAAGGAACCUAAUCUACUGAUACUAAAAGUUUGUGUAAAAAAUGAGCCCCUUGUUAAAUGGGUGCUGCCAUGCCUAAAUGUAGAUCCAGUAAGUUUAUUUUUCUCAAAGGAAAUGAAGAUAUAAAUCUUCUUUUCAUCCUUGUCAAUGGAAAUCCACCUCUUUCUUUUACCAUCUUUCUAAUAAUAUCAGAAAAAUUAUAUAUA